AUGCCUUUCUUCAAUACAAAUUAUUUUUUAAAAUCAAAGACCAUUGUAGGUUAUAUGAAUCAACAUUAUUACUCUAUUAAUCAAACAAAACAAUGUUUAUGCACACUACAACUACCUAAUUAUUACUUUAUUAACUGUGAAAAUAAAACAUAUUCACAUAUUCAAGUGAAUUGGAAUAAAAAACAUGUUUUAAAUGUACAAAGUAGAUGUAAUCUUUCUUAUUUAUCAAUUCAUAGUAGAAAGUUCAGUAAAAAUUUAUUAGUAGAGAAUCCAGAUACAUUUGGAAAACUUUCAUAUGAAAAAUUUGAGAAAAUUAAAAUGGAUGCGGCAGAAGAGAAAGAAGAAGAAUUUAUAGAGAGGGUUAUAAUACCAAGAAAAGAAGCAUUCACUUAUAAAAAUUAUUGUCUACUUAUUAAGACUCAUGUAUCUAAUAAAAAUUUAAAAUUGGCCUUAAAUGUUUUAGAUAUCAUGAAAGAAAAUGCUUUUCAGCCGAACUUAUAUAUAUAUAGGCUUUUACUUUUUGGUUUUUCUAAGCAAGGUGAUAUAAAACAAUGUUUUAAACUGUUUAGAAUAAUAAAACAAAGGGGGUUAAUUCCUAAUUUAUCUGUCUAUACUAGUUUAAUAAAUGUAUGUGCUGAAACAAAUGAUUCAAAUGUGGCAUUAAAACAUUUGGCAUGGUUACGGGAAUACUUUUAUGUGAAGCAAAUAAAUCUAAAUAAUGUACAUUAUGCAACUUUGAUUAAAGCUUAUAGUCAUCAUAAACAAAUUGUAACUGCUUUUCAAAUAGCAGAUGAAGCAAAGGAUAAAGGAAUUUGUUCACCAGAUAUAGUUGCUGCAUUAUUCCAUGGGAUAAUAGGAGACACAGAAAAUGGAUUAAAAUAUGCUUUAAUUUUAUGGCAUACGAUGAAAAUAAAAAACAUAAAACCAAAUAUAUAUCACUAUAAUCUUCUUUUAAGGGCUAUUAGAGAUACAAAAUUUGGUGAUUUAAAAAUAAAUGAUAUUUUAAUACCAGGAUCAAUGAAUACUCAGAUUCAAUUUAAUAAAAGUGGAAGACCAGAUUUAUUACAUUCUCCACCAACCAUAACAACUUCACUUAUUUCAUUAAUUGAAAAUAAUAAAUACUCUACUUUAAAUGAUAGCAAUUUAUUAUCAGAAGUAACUGUACCAUUAAACUUAAGUUUAAAUGAUAUAUUAAAAGAACAUCAAUUACUUUUAUUUGGUGGAAUUGACAAAUUUUUACAACAUAUGCAAGAUGAUAAUGUAAAACCUAAUACAAAAACAUUAACAUUACUUUUAAACCUACUACCACCUACAAAAGAAGCAGAAGACUAUUUUUUAAGAUAUAUUGAUAAAAAUAAAUUAGAAAUUGACAUAACUUUCUUCAAUGUACUUAUUAAGAGAAGAAAUAUGAGAAAGGACUAUAAUGCUGCUACAGAACUACUCAAUAUAAUUCAAAAUUAUCAUUUGAUACCAAAUAUCAUAACAUUUGGAGUAUUAGCUCUUGGAUGUACCAAGUGCAGUGAUGCAAAAAUGCUUGUAGAGCAAAUGAAUAAUAUUGGUUAUGAACCAAAUAAUAUAAUUAUACAAACAUUACUCUUUAAAGCAUGUUAUAUUAGAAACUUUGAUUAUGUGAUAUAUUUAAUACAGUAUAUGUCGCAGAAUAAAGUUAAAAUCACAAAAUAUAUAUUAGAUAUAUUAGAAAAAUUUGAUAUAUUGGCAUUGGAGAGUAUUGAAAAACAGGAUAAAUAUGCUUGCAAAAAUAUUCACAAUGUCAGAAAGAAAUAUAACAAAUUUAAAAUAAUAUAUGAAAAUUGGAAGGAAGAGAUGAAAAAUACUAAAUAUUUUGCAGUAAAUAGACAUACAUAA